AGAACUACCUCAUAACACCACGUUCAAGUGGUCGCAAGAUUCAGUCUUCAAUCGGACGUCGCUCAAUUCGCAACUCGGUUUAGCGGUGAAUAAGCCUCCAGAAGCUUCAAAGAUACUUUAAGCUGGAUUUAACUUUUUGUGCGCAAUUAAAGAGGUGUAUCGCAUAAAAAAAGUGUGCUCGUUUAUCGGAAAUAAUAAAGUGACAGUGUUUUAACAAAAUUUUAUAUUUCUCUAAAGAAGAAGAUAAAAAAAGAACUGCAAUCAUGGCACAAUUGACCCCAGUACAAGAGUACUAUAAAGGAAAGACUGUCUUCAUUACUGGAGCGUCUGGAUUUAUGGGCAAAGUUCUAUUGGAGAAGCUUUUGUAUUCAUGCUCGGAACUGAAAGAGGUCAUUAUUAUGAUGCGCCCUAAAAGGGGUAAGGUCCCUGAGUCAAGACUUGAUGAGAUGUUCAAAAUUCCAAUCUUCCAAAGGAUCAAGGAGGAAAAACCUGAGGUCUUAAAGAAGGUGACAUUAGUUCAAGGAGAUGUUACUUUUGACACUCUUGGCCUCAAUGGAGACAAUUUGAAAUUGAUUACCAACAACACCAACAUAGUUUUUCACAUGGCUGCCACUUUGAAGCUUGAGGGAAACCUUAAGGAUGCCAUCGACAUGAAUACCACUGGAACCAAACGUGUUCUAGACAUUGCCAAAAACAUGCCCAACUUGGAGGCUUUGAUUCACGUCUCAACGGCCUUCUGUAACUGCGAUCAAGAGGUCAUGUACGAAAAGGUCUACGAGUUUCCCCAUAAACCAGAAGAUCUAAUCCGUUUGGCCGAAUGGAUGGAUGUAAAAAUGUUGGACAACAUUACACCCGAACUAUUGAAACCCCAUCCAAAUACCUACACCUACUCAAAGAGAUUGGCAGAAAUUUUGGUUCGUGAUCAUUAUCCAACUUUGCCAGUGAUUAUAGCUAGACCCAGUAUUGUAACCCCAGCCCACAUGGAACCCCUCCCCGGAUGGGUAGACAAUCUUAAUGGACCAACCGGAGUAAUGAUUGGAGCCGGCAAAGGUGUUAUACGAUCAAUGAUAUGCAAUGGAGAGCUCAAAUCUGAGAUAAUACCGGUUGAUAUAGCAGUAAAUGGAUUGAUUGUCUUGCCAUAUCACAAUUCACAAUUGGCUAAAAAACCAGAUCGAGUGCCAGUUUUUAAUAUAACUUGCUCCGACAAUAAGAAGAAAACAUGGAAGUGGAUCAUGGACGUGGGCAAACAGUUUGCCUUUGAUUAUCCAUUUGAGAUUGGCCUUUGGUAUCCUGAUGGUAAUAUGACAACAAACAAACUUUACCACUGGUUUUGUGUGAUAUUCUUCAUGUGGCUGCCGGCUUAUGUGAUUGACUUUUUGCUGUUUAUAUUCCGACAAAAGAGAUUCAUGGUACGUGUUCAAACAAAAAUCGCUACUGGAUUGGAACUUUUGCAGUUCUUCACAACACGAGCUUGGGACUUUAAGUCUGAUAAUUUUAUGAGAGCAUUUUAUGGACUUAAUGAAAAAGAUCGCGAGAUUUUCAAGAUGAAUACCGAUGACUUGGACGAAUUGGAAUACAUGAAACAUAGCUUCCUUGGAGGCAGACAGUAUGUGAUGAAAGAGCCUCCAUCAUCUCUUCCCAGAUCUAGAUCACAGCUGAAAUUUUUAUAUGUCUUGGAUCGAGCAUGUAAGAUCAUCAUUUUGGGAACUCUACUCUAUUGGGUAUACUUAAAAUUGGGACUGAACACAAUGAACACUCCUUUGUCAGAUGCAGUUACUAUGCAGAAUAUUAAGCCUUAAAAUCAGAAGUUAUAACGUUUUAUUUAAAUUAGUUGUGAUUUAUUUAAUCGGGAUGUGCAAAUCAUAUUACUCGUAAUUUUUUUUUCUCAUAUUUGUU